AUGCUAAGAUGCCAACAAUUUGAAUUCCCAAGAAGAUGGCAUGAAAUUUUGGAAAUUGAAACUCCAAUGUAUCUGAAAGACACCAACUGGGAAAAGCUAGCACAGAAGAUCUUAAGAAUUUACACCAAAUUGCUGGAUUACAGCACUGUUCCACAAAUUGAGUGUGCCAUCAAAGCUGCAAAGAUCAUCAAUCCAGAAUUUAUUGCUAAAUGUCCCUUGGGAUGUCAGGAUAUUAAAUAUCGGGUCUAUGGCACUGAUAUCUAUGCCUCUUUUUCCAGUGUUUGUGCUGCUGCUAUUCACAGUGGUAUUAUUGACAACUCUGGAGGGAAAGUCUUGGUUCAAAAAGUUGCCGGUCAGUCUGGGUACAAGGGUAGUUUUUCUAAUGGAAUCCGCUCACUGUCAUUACCACGGUGGAAGGAAUCCUUCAUACUUUCAGAAGGCAAAGCCAAAAGAGGAGUGCAAUACCCAUCAACUCUUACCUAUUCAUCUUCUGAAAGCACAGUCACUAAAGGACAAUCGUCACGGAAAGGAUAUCAGACAACUGCUGCUCCAUUACCAGCCACACACGGUGCCGCUAACACACUCAAACCCUUCACCACCAUGGCAGAGUUUGUUAGCACAACUCCAAAGGCAACCACCACUUCAACCACCAUUGCGACAACGACCAUCACCAAAGUGACAACUAUUACAGCAGCCAAGCCUCUUGUUGCAGUGCACAAGGUCAGGGAUCUAGGCUCUACUAGCAUCGUCCAUCCAGCUUACUCAGCAGCAGCAGCGGCAGCAUCAAGGCAAGUUCAAGCUGUACAAGGAAGAACGCAGAACCAAGCAUUCAGAGGCACUUCUGGCUACACAAGUAACAGAACUAUCCUUCAUCCUAAUAUAGCUACCGAAACAGAGGUGUGGAAGUCUGGAUCAAGCCUUUUGGGCCCAGGUUUCAGCUCCAAGGAAGACAUAGUCCCAAAGCCUUUGAAGCCAGUUUCCCAGGGAAAUCCAAAUUGCAAAGUUGACUUAGCUUUCCUGAUAGAUGGGAGCUGGAGCAUUGGCAGACGCCGCUUUCAGAUCCAGAAACAGUUCCUCAAAGAUGUAGCUCAAGCCUUGGAUGUUGGCCUAGCUGGGCCUCUCAUGGGCAUUGUUCAAUAUGGUGAUGAUCCUUCUACUGAAUUUAACUUGAAGGUCUAUGCAAAUACCAAGGACUUAAAAAAUGCCAUUGAGAAAAUACCCCAAAAAGGAGGCUUAUCAAAUGUUGGAAAAGCACUGUCCUUUGUUAACAAAAACUUCUUUGAUGACUCCAAUGGCAACCGACGUGGGGCCCCCAAUGUGGCUGUUGUGAUGGUGGAUGGAUGGCCCACCGAUAAGGUAGAAGAAGCCUCCAGGCUGGCAAGGGAGUCUGGCAUUAAUAUUUUCUUUGUCACCAUUGAGGGACCUGAUGAGAACGAAAAGAAGAAUGUCAUUGAGACAGACUUUGUGGACAAGGCUGUCUGCAGGACCAAUGGAUAUUAUUCUAUUCAUGUUGCCAGCUGGUUUACCUUAUACAAAGUAGCGCAGCCUUUAGUGAAACGAGUCUGUGAUACUGAUCGCCUGGCUUGCAGCAAAACCUGUCUAAAUUCAGCUGACAUUGGGUUUGUCAUUGAUGGAUCCAGCAGUGUUGGCACAGGUAACUUCCGCACCAUUCUCCAGUUUGUAGCCAACAUUAGCAAAGAGUUUGAGAUUUCUGAUACAGACACCCGGAUUGGAGCUGUGCAGUACACUUAUGAACAAAGGCUGGAAUUUGGCUUUAACAAGCACAACACUAAGCAGGAGGUGCUGAACGCUAUAAAAAGAAUCAACUAUUGGAGUGGAGGAACCAGCACUGGAGCAGCCAUCAACUAUGCCUUUGAACAGCUCUUCAGUAAAUCCAAACCCAACAAGCGGAAGAUCAUGAUUCUGAUUACAGAUGGCAGAUCAUAUGAUGAUGUCAGGGGACCAGCUUUAGCAGCACAUCAAAAUGGUGUUAUAGCCUAUUCAAUAGGAAUUGCAUGGGCUGCCCAAGAUGAACUGGAAGCUGUGGCAACUGACCCCGAUAAGGAACAUUCAUUCUUUGUGGAUGAAUUUGACAGACUCUAUAGAUUUGUUCCUAAGAUAAUUCAGAAUAUUUGUACGGAGUUUAAUUCACAGCCACGGAAUUGAUUGCAUCCACAUACCAGGGUUGCAUCACUGAAAUUGCAACCAAUAAAUCAGGCAAUGCCAGCUGGGAAGUUUUACCUAAGAGAUAAUUUCAGAUCUGUUCUCCAGGCAUAACCAUAAUGGAAGUUGUAGAAUGAUGCUCCCCCCACCCUCCUUGCUGGUUUCCAAACUGAUCUGAUAACAAAUUGGCCAACAGUCUUUGAUUUGUUUAAAAUUAUCAGCUGGAGUCAAUGAAUUUAACUUCUCUGUAUAACAGGCAAGGAAUACUUCUGAGGACUUCAAAGCCAUACCUUUAUGGUAAUGAUAGCAUUUCUUUCCAAGGGGGGUGGAGAAGGCAAAAGACAGGCUGACUGACUACUUUCAAAUACUGUAAAACAGUUUGGAUCCUGGCCUUCAGUUACAACUGUUGGCAGCAAUGUAAGGGAUAGGAAGCAAGCAAGCAACUGAUUAAGAAAUAGAAAGUGUGAUGGAAACCAUGUGGCUGUGGCCUGCAUGCCAAGUGUCGGAGGGAUUGUUCUGGGCACAUUGUGUUUCACCAUUACUUACAUUCCAUGUGCUUCAACACAGACCAGUCUGUAACAUGACACCAAACUGAGGGGCAGAUAGAUACAGAUACCAUAAUUCAUCAGAAUUCUCCUUGUUAGGUUCAUGAAGAAGACAGCACAGCCAGAAAUGUUCUACUCAUUGUCAUAUACGUAAGCUGGCUAAUCCUGAAAACUGUUACAAACAUUAUCAUGUUGACCCAAUCAAUCAUAAGUUUCAUUGGGAUAGUGUUUUCCUUUAAAAAACAGAACCUCUAGUAUAUGACUAUUAGCAUUUGAAUUCUAAAACACAAUAAUAUUUAUAAUAGAUUUUUUUGUCCUUAGUAGACUAAAUAGUCGGGGUUCAGUCCUAGUGGCAGCUUCCUGUUGCUUAACAGGAGUUCCAUAAGGAGAAAGAAGUCUCCAAAAGCAGUUUGAAAGUGAUAAUACUCUACAUAUAUAGCCUGAACCAUUCUAAUCUUUCUUGACCUUUUCGAACAACAGUGAGAGAUCCAAAACCAGACUGAUUCUAUUUCAGGAAAUCUUCUACGUACCUGUUUUCAUAUAUAUAUUUUUUCCAAUUUACAAAAACAGGCAUUGAUUGUAAUUUUAUAGGUAUUUCCUAGGUUUUUUUUUAAAACUGGCCUCUUUCCAGA